CCGAUCGUCUGCUUUCUGCCGCUGCUCCGCGCCCAGCGGAACCUCCCGCGCCGCCCUCGUUUUCCACCGGCGCGUUGAAGCAGAGGACCGCGCGCUGCCGGAACGUUGUGUGCGGUGCACCGCGGCCAGAGGUCCCCUGAAGGGCUGCGGGACAUGGCGGCACUGCGCCGUCUCGGCCUCCCGCGGCGUGCCGUGCUGGCCUGGCGGCCGAGCACGGUGACAUCCCCUCCUGCUCAGCUGCUCCAUCAGACAUGUGCAGCCCAACAUGCAGACAGCUCCAUCCAAGCGCAGCCAAAGAGCUCAGCUGUUGUCCCGAAAAAGUCCUACGUCCCCACGAGCAGGGGGGAAUACGUCAUCACCAAACUCGAUGACCUGAUCAACUGGGCACGGAGGAGCUCCCUGUGGCCGAUGACGUUCGGCCUGGCCUGCUGUGCUGUGGAGAUGAUGCACAUGGCAGCUCCACGCUACGACAUGGACCGCUUCGGGGUGGUGUUCCGAGCGAGCCCCCGCCAAGCCGACGUCAUGAUUGUGGCUGGCACCCUGACAAACAAAAUGGCUCCAGCCCUGCGAAAGGUCUACGACCAGAUGCCAGAGCCUCGCUAUGUGGUCUCCAUGGGAAGCUGUGCCAAUGGCGGGGGUUACUACCACUACUCCUACUCUGUGGUGAGGGGCUGCGACCGCAUCGUGCCGGUGGACAUCUAUGUGCCAGGUUGCCCACCCACGGCUGAAGCUUUGCUGUACGGCAUCUUGCAGCUUCAGAAGAAAAUCAAACGAGAGAGGAAGAUUCAGAUCUGGUAUAGGAAAUAGGCUCUAAUUUAUGACCUCCCCUUCACUGCCUGCGGCACCUACUUGCUUUCUACGCACAAAGAUAUCCGUUCUCACAGGCCUUCCAAUAAAACUGUACGUGGUUCA